AGAACAUGAACAGAAAAAACCUCAAAAUCCUCGUCUCUCUCUUCGCACUCAACUCAAUCUCUCUCUACCUCUACUUCUCUUCUCACCCCGACCACUUCCGUCACAAAUCUCGAUCGGAAAACUACCACUCGUUGACGCAAAACCACUCCUCCCACUUCCAGUUUUCCGUUACCUCACACGUCAAGCCAUGGCCAAUCUUACCUUCAUAUCUUCCCUGGUCCCAAAACCUCAACGUCCCCUUCAGAUCAUGCGAAGGUUAUUUCGGAAACGGCUUCACUCGCCGCAUCGAUGUUCUUAAAUCCACUUCGCCGGAGAUGCGCCGGAAAUAUGGCUCCUCCGCCGUCCAUGGACGAUCCGGUGGUGGAGGAUGGUUUAGGUGUUUGUAUAGUGAGACGUUGCGGAGUUCGAUAUGUGAAGGAGGUAGAAUUCGGAUGAAUCUGGAGAAGAUUCGGAUGUCGAAAGGAGGAGAGAGAUUGGAGACGGUGAUCGGGAGAGGAGAGGAUGAGGAAUUGCCGGAGUUUGAAUUUGGAGCUUUCGAUGUUGAAGUUCUUGAUAGAUCCAGUCGCGGAAAGAAGCUUGCGAGUGGAGAAUUCCUUGAUCAGUAUGUGCAAAAUGGUGCGAUUGAGAGGCACACUAUGCGUGGGUUAAUCGAUUCGAUUCGGCUAGUUGGCGCCAGUGAGUUUCAAUGCUCGGAGUGGGUCGAGGAGCCAACACUUUUAAUUACACGCUAUGAGUAUGCGAACCUUUUUCACACGGUUACUGAUUGGUACAGUGCAUACGUGGCUUCUAGAGUUACUGGCUUGCCUAAUCGGCCUCGUUUGGUUUUUGUAGAUGGUCAUUGUGAGACGCCUUUGGAAGAAACAUGGAAGGCAUUGUUUUCGAGCCUCACAUAUGCUAAAAACUUCAGCGGUUCAGUAUGCUUUCGCCACGCCAUCCUCUCACCUUUAGGAUAUGAAACUCCUCUAUUUAAGGGUCUGUCUGAAAACAUAAAUUGUCAUGGAGCAUUUGCACAUGACUUGUGGCAAAACCCUGAUGAUCAGAAAACUGCACGACUGUCGGAGUUUGGAGAGAUGAUUAGAGCAGCUUUUGGGUUUCCUGUAAAUCGGCACCGUACCCCAAAACUGGUCUCAGGACACAAUGUCCUAUUUGUUCGACGCGAGGAUUAUUUAGCUCAUCCACGACAUGGUGGUCAGGUCCAAUCAAGGCUUAGCAAUGAACAACAAGUGUUUGAUUCUAUAAAGAGCUGGGCAUCAAGUCAUUUGGAAUGCAAAGUGAAUGUUAUUAAUGGACUAUUUGCACACAUGCCCAUGAAAGAGCAGGUUCGAGCCAUUCAAGAUGCUUCCGUCAUUGUUGGAGCCCAUGGGGCUGGUCUCACUCACAUAGUUUCUGCCACAGCAAAAACAGUGGUUCUUGAGAUCAUUAGCAGCGAAUACAGACGCCCGCACUUUGCAUUGAUUGCUCAGUGGAAAGGGUUGGAGUAUCAUGCCAUAAAUUUGGAUGGCUCUUAUGCUAAUCCACCCAUGGUUAUCAACAAGCUUAGCAGCAUCUUAAAGAGUCUUGGGUGCUGA